AUGGGCAAGUUCUCAAAAAUCAAGAAGGUUCAACAGGAGGAGUCGGCUCAGGAGAAAAUGGAAUGGGAAGCCGCUGGAGCCAAGGAUUCCAGUGAUGAUUCGUCAGAUGAAUCGGACGACGAACAAGUGCCACAAACGCAGACAGAAGAGACACGUAAACGUGCAGAGCUCUGGACGAAUCGCGAGAGAGUUCUCGUUUUGUGCUCUCGCGGAGCCGAUGUUCGUACUCGUUACCUGAUGAAAGAUGUCAAGGAUCUGUUGCCUCACGCGAAAGGAGACUCGAAAUUAGAUCAACAGAAAUCACUGAAAGCACUCAACGAGAUUGCUGAAAUGAAGAAUUGCACGAAAGUAAUGUAUUUCGAGAGUCGAAAGAGAAAAGACACGUAUCUUUGGAUGUCGAAUGUGGAAAAGGGACCGUCGAUCAAGUUUCUCGUUCACAAUGUCCAUACGAUGAAGGAACUGAAAAUGUCUGGAAAUUGUUUGAAGGCGUCGAGACCAGUGUUGUCGUUCGACGACGCUUUCGAGCAGAAACCACACUUGAAAUUGAUCAAGGAGGUUCUUAUGCAGACGCUCGGCACCCCACACCACCAUCCACGCAGUCAACCAUUCGUCGAUCACGUCUUCAAUUUCUCCGUCGGAGAGGGCGACAAAAUCUGGUUCCGUAACUUCCAGAUUGUCGACGAGAGUCUUCAGUUGCAGGAAGUUGGACCGCGAUUCGUGCUUGAAAUGGUCCGUCUGUUCGCCGGUUCAUUCGAGGGAGCCGUCCUCUACGACAACCCGAAUUACGUGUCUCCAAAUGUGAUCCGUCGUGAGCAUCGUAAGGGACAACACGCCUACAUUGAGAAGCAGUUGGCACUCAAAGCGUCGAAUAUCAAACAAGCGAAAGUCACCGAGAUUCUCGCUGAGAAGACGGUCGAUUUGGUUGGAAAGGAAUUCGACACUCAAGACAACGCGAUCGCCGAUUCGACGGAAGCGGCCGCCCAGAUCGCGGCUCAAAUCGAGAAGCGUCGUGUCCGCAAGAAGAAGUCUCAAUCUGCCAAGUAUACCGGAUCCGAUUAA